GACCGAGGGGGGGGGCGGGCUCGGUACGAGCCCAACGCGGCCGGACGGGAGCUGGCGGCGAAGCGGGGGGAUGAGCGGGGAGCGGAGCCGGGAGAUCCGCCAACUCCAGAAGGUGAAAGACAAGGCCCAGAGGAGUGGGAACCUGAAGGAGGAAGCUGUCAUUUGUAACCAGCUUGGGGAGAUCUUGGCUAGACAUGGGCGGUACCGGGAAGCACUGGAGGAGCACCGGCAGGAGCUGCGGCUCCUGGAGAGUGUGGAGGACGUUCUUGGCUGUGCCGUGGCCCACCGGAAGAUUGGGGAACGCCUGGCUGAGCUGGAGAACUACGAAGCUGCACUGAAGCACCAGCGCCAGCACCUGGAGCUGGCCCGCGCCCUGUCCGACCACACCGAGCAGCAGAGGGCCUGGGCCACCAUAGGCCGCACCUACAUGUUCGUGGCUGAGAGCGGCCAGGCGGGCGAGGCACUGCGGGAGGCGGAGCAGGCCUUCAUGAAGAGCCUGGCCAUCCUGGAGGAGAAACUGGAAGGGAUGGUGCCGCAGCGGGAGCUGAGCGAGAUGAGGGCCCGGCUUUAUCUCAACCUGGGCUUGGUCUAUGACAGCAUGAAGGACCAGGCCAAGUGCAAUUGCUACAUCAAGAAGAGCAUCUUCAUCUCGGAGCAGACUCGCCUCUACGAAGACCUGUACAGGGCGUACUUCAACCUGGGCAACAUCCACCUGCGGGAGGGGCAGUACUCCAAGGCCAUGCGCUGCCUGGAGCGGGCGCGGGACUGCGCCCACACCAUGAAGGAGAAGUGCAUGGAGAGCGAGUGCUGCGCCAGCAUCGCCCAGGUGCUCCUCAGCCUGGGGGACUUUGUGGCCGCCAGGCGCUCGCUGAAGAAGGCCUACGUGCUGGGCUCCCAGCAGCCCCAGCAGCGCGAGAGCAUCCGCAGGAGCCUGCGAUACGCCCUGACGGUGAGCCGUCUGCAGGAGGCCCUGGAGGAGGCCACGCCCGGCGACCUGCAGGCAGCCCUGGGCCUGUGCGAGCAGCUGGGGGACCUGUUCUCCAAGCACGGGGACUAUCGCCGGGCUGUGGAGUUCUACGAAAGGCAGCUGCGUUACGCCGAGACCCUGCGGAGGCCUGAGCAGGAGCUGGCUGUGAUCCACGUCUCCCUGGCUGCCACCUACGGGGACCUGAAGGAGCAUGGCCAGGCCGUGCAGCACUACCAGAUGGAGCUGGCGCUCCGGCGCGGGAACCCGCUGGAGGAGGGGAAGACCUGGCUGAACGUCGCCCUGGCCAGGGAGGAGGCCGGCGAAGGCUACGAGGCGCUGGAGUCCUGCUUCCGGAGCGCGCUGCAGUGUGCGGAGCGGGCCGGGGAGCCCAGGCUGCAGCGGCAAAUCCUGCGGCACCUUCACCCCAUUCAGCAGAAAUGGGGGUGCCCCGAGGCCCCCGACACGCUGGCCAGGCUGCAGAGCCUGUGCCGCUCGCAGGGCUGGAGCGCAGCCGGGGACAGUGACGAGGAGGAGCUGGAGAACAGCGAGCCCCUGGAGGAGAGCGACCUGGAGCUGUCUGAGAGCGACGGGGAGGAAGACGACCUGGACGGCUACAACAAGAGCGUGCCCGGCCGGCGCAGGAUCACCAAGUGGAACCGGCGGAACGACCGAGGCGAGACCCCGCUGCACCGAGCUUGCAUCGAUGGGAACCUGCGCCGGGUCCAGUUCUUCCUGGAGCAGGGUCACCCUCUGAACCCGCGGGAUUACUGCGGCUGGACCCCCCUGCAUGAGGCCUGCAACCAUGGGCACCUGGAGAUCGUCCGGCUGCUGCUGGAGCGUGGCGCCUCCAUCGAUGACCCCGGGGGGCCGGGCUGUGAGGGGAUCACCCCCCUGCACGACGCCCUCAACUGCGGCCACUUCGAGGUGGCGGAGCUGCUGCUCCAGAGGGGUGCGUCGGCGGUGCUGAGGAACGCCAAGGGCCUGAGCCCGCUGGGCACCCUCCAGGAGUGGGUGAGGAUGUACGGCAAGGACCUGGACCAGGAGACACGCCGGCGCUGCCGAGCCAUGGAGCGGCUGCUCAGGGAGGCCGUGGCGGGGCGAGCACCUGAUGCAGCCCCGCCCCCCCGGGACAUUCUGCAGAGCCAGCUGUUUGAUGCUGAGCUCUCGGAGCCUCUAACGCUGCGCCCCUCUGCUCCGGCGCCACAGCCCCGGAGCGGGGGCCCCUCCAAGGAGCCCCCUGCGCCCUGCGGGCUCCCCAGUCAGCAUGGUGGGAAGGGGUCAGAGCGCAGGGCCGAGCAGGACGACUGCAUGACCCCACUCCGGCCCAUCAAGAAGAGGCAGCGGCUCCUGGGCCAGAGGGAGGAUUGCCGGACGCCGGGGUUCCUGGUGCAGGAGGAGCCUGAGCUGCCCACCCGUGGUGGUGGCCAGGCGGAGUAUGAAGCAGCCAUCCGUAGCGUGGGCAGUGCCCAGUCCUGCCUGGGCACAGAGCCGGUGCCGUCCGAGACCCCUGCGAGGCCGGCCCUGAUCCCAGCAGACGAGUACGUGGGGGACGACUGGCUGGAGGAUGACCUGAGGGCGAGCCGCGAGCCCCGCAAGAGGAGCCGCUGGGGCCAGGGGGAGUCGGGCUCGGACUCUGGAGACGCCACAGGGCCCGAGAGCGACGGCGGGGCCCCCCCUCAAAGGAGGAGGACCCGGCAGAGCCGCCUCACCCAGAUUGUGGACAGAACAGUGCUGGGCCGAUCCCGCGGAGGCUGCGCCCUGGGGGCCCCAGAGACCGCUGCCACCCCUGCCAGCCUGAGGCCCACGGACAGCAGCCGAGCCAAUGGCCUGAGAGGCAGUGGAGAGGCCCCGGAGCUCCCUUCGCUGUCUGCAGCCCCCGCUCGGCCGCCCCCCAUUCGAGUGCGUGUCCGGGUCCAGGACAACGUCUUCCUUAUCCCCGUGCCCCACAGCAGCGAGAGCCGCCCGGUGGCGUGGCUGGCAGAGCAGGCGGCCCAGCGCCAUUACCAGACGUGUGGCCUGCUGCCGCAGCUCACCCUCAAGAAGGAGGGGGCGCUGCUGGCGCCCCAGGACCUCAUCGUGGACGUGCUGCAGAGCAACGAGGAGGUGUUUGCAGAGGUGCAGUCCUGGGACCUGCCCCCGCUCGCCGACCGGUACAGGAAGGCCUGUCGCAGCCUGGCCGUGGGCGAGCACCGGCUGCUGCUGAAGAUCAUGGAGCUACAGGAGUCAGGCCCCUCGUUCAGCGCCUGCGGCCUCUCGCUGCGCCAGCCCCACCUCGCCCCACUCCUGCGUGCCCUCAAGCUGCAGACCUCCAUCCGGCAGCUGCGGCUGGCUGGGAACGGCCUGGCCGAUGGCCUGGCCGCUGAGCUGCUGGCUAUGCUGGGCACUAUGCCCAGCCUGACCCUCCUCGACCUGUCAGCCAACCAGCUUGGGGCCGAGGGGCUCCGCACGCUGGCAGCAGGGCUGCCCGCCCAGACGGCCUUUCAGAGCCUGGAAGAGUUGGAUCUCAGCCUGAACCCCCUGGGAGACGGCAGCUCCCAGGCACUGGCCUGCCUGGUUCAGGCCUGCCCCAUCCUGACCACGCUCCGACUGCAAGCGUGCGGCUUCACUGGGGCUUUCCUGCAGCACCACCGCCUCCUGCUGGCCGAUGGCCUGAAAGGCGCUGUGCACCUGAAGACCCUCGCGGUGUCCCACAAUGCCCUGGGCUCCACUGGCCUGGAGCUGCUGCUCAGGAGCCUGCCCUGCACCACCCUUAGCCAGCUGGAGAUCGGCUCGGUGGCUGCCCGGCUGGAGGAGCCUCUCAUGGAUCCGGUGGUCAGGUACCUGAUGCAGGAGGGAUGUGCUCUCACCCACCUGACUGUGUCUGGGAACCACCUGAGUGACGAGGCUGUCGAGGAGCUGGCCAGGUGCCUCCUGGUGUGUCCACCUUUAGUCUCACUGGAUUUGUCUGCAAACCCCGGGAUCACCAUUGUGGGCUUGCGGAUGCUGCUGUCAGCCCUGGGGGAGAGGAACCAGGGGCUCCGCUCCCUCAGCCUGGCAGGCUGCAGCGUGCGAGGCCCACUGGACAGCACCACCUGGGCCCGGGUCUCUGCCAACGUGCGCGAGUUGCGACUCUGCAGCCAGCAGCUGAGCAGGAGCGACCAGCGGGGCGUGGGCGAGUCCUGGCGUGGCCCCGCGGGCACCUCUCUGUGCGCAGUCACUCGGCACCACAAGCUGUUCUGCAAGAGCGUGUGACGGGACCUGCCUCCUACUGCUGUAUAGAUCCCUCGGGGCCUGCUUGACUCCGUCCUCGGCCAUCCCUGGAACUGCACCGCUAGGGGGCACUCUGGAGGUCGGUCCUCCUGGGCGGCAGCAGCCAUUGGCAGAGGGGGUGUCUGGUGGUAGGAGGACGCAAGCACUGGCUGGCCUGUGCCAGCAGCUGUUCUGCACUCAGCCCUGGCCCACGGGGAGAGGGUGCAGGGCCCUGGCUGCUGGCGCUUAUCCUGCCAUCUCCAGGUGCUUGGGGGCCCUUUAGCUUUGCCCCGCCUGGCACCUCUGCAAGGUGAGAAGGAAGUGUUGGUACUAUCUUAUCCAAAGGAGGCAGGAUGCCAGACGCUGCGAUCCGUGGAACUCCCUCCAGAACUGUCCACACCAUGGGGAUUGCUCAGCUCUGGAUCGACAGCCUCUGCUGUGGCCAAAGGAGGCAGCGAGUUACCUGGCCCGCACUGCUCACAGAGCGAUGGUGGGAAUUCCUAGUGCGCUGCUCGAGAGAUCACUUACAGUCCCAGCACCGCCAUACCUGGGGGUGGCUUGUGUUUUCCUGGCACAGCAACUGCCCUGGAGCAAGUUCUGAAGGUGACUGAGGCCCUGGGGCAGAAAGGUCCCCCCACUCGAUUGCCCUGGGAGCCUGACUCAGAGUGGGUUGGGGGGGGGGGGUGUAUUUUAUUUGUCCUCUAAUCUUCCUGUAAUCCAGUCCUGCAGGGGGAGGUAUUCGCAUCCUCCCCAGGCUGUAGGGGUUCUGGCCCCACCCUUCCAGUGGCCACUCGGGCUAGUUCAGACAUUACAGGUUAUUUAUUGACUGUCAGGUGCUUUUCCUGGGAGCACAGGGCUUGCUGCUCGUGGCCCCGGGGCAUCGGUUAACCAUGGUAAAUAAAGUGCUGCAUUCCACCA